AUGGAUGAUACAGAUGAGACGGGAGAAGAGCAGACGUCAUUCACCUAUGCAACCCUAGCAAACUCAAACUCCCAACGCGAAUCUCGAACCGAGUUGCUCGACUCAGGAGCAUCGAGACAUAUGUCGUCCUAUCGCGAUCUGUUCCAAGAUUUCGUCAACAUCACGCCGAAACCCAUAACAACAGCAGACAAACAUACCUUCGAGGCAACAGGCAAAGGGGACAUCAUGAUCACCCUACCAAACGGCGAGUCAAACACGCGAAUACUCCUC